GAGCUGAGGCGCCGGAGCAGCAGCAGCAACGUCCUGAGUCUGACGGCAGCACCCGCUCUGUGCUGUCUCGUUGGAGUCUUCGCUCGGAAUUCGUGCUUUUCUUUUCAAACGCCGAUGACUGUGUGUGUUGGUGUGUUAAGUGUUGAAUGGUACGGAAUAGUUGAACGAGAAAGGCACUUGAUGGUGAUUUACAAGUUAUCAGUUCAGAUAAAUUAGCGUUCUGGGAAGAACUGGCACGUUUGAAAUUUAGAUAAGAAAUGAGGAGCGAGACAUACAUAGAUCAGCAUAAGGAAGUAGCAUAAGAAAAAAGACCAGAAUUAAAAGUCCGAUAGCAGCCGCCCAGGAUUCUAUAGCCUGCCAUGUGUCAGUGAUUUGGUGACCAUGCAUAGUGUUUACGCCCCUCUUCAGCAAGGGAUCCUUGUGCUCCUAUUGGUGUCAUCGGGAAUAUUAUGUGCCAGCAGAAGGGACACUGUGUCUGCCUCUAAUGCCUUUUCAUCCACAACUUCCUCUUCGGAGUACUUGGACACCAGAUUCCCUCCCAGGCAUUACAGCUUCGAUCCCAGACCUAACAUUGACCUCAGUGCCCUUGUUCCAGGGGAAGCCGCGUCUACACUCUCCUCCUUAAAAGUUGAUGAUAAUUUUCAUGGAGACACACCAACAGAAGACUUCAAUAAAGGCAUUACUGUUGCUGGGCAUCUUGAAGAUUCGGCUUCACGUGAUGGGAUAACUGAGCAGAACGAUGGAAGCACGAAAACUCAUGAGGAUGAGAAGCUAGAAGAAGGUCCCCGAGCAAUCGUAGAUGUGCAGCGGCAGAGCCUGUCAGGGGUGUCGUACAUCAUUCACCCAGAUAACCUUCCUCCCCCCAGCUAUGAGCCGCUUAAAGACCUGCCUCCCCCUUCCCAUCCUGUGGCGCAGUGGCGUCCAGACCUUUUUAUUAAACUCUGCUGUUCUCCAAGCAAUGAAACCAUAAGUGAUAAUGAAAACAGUACAGUGAUCGACUUUCAUACUGGUCAUGCCGAAGUUGGUAACAACACAGAUCCAGAAACCAAAGAUGUUCAGCAAGUAGAUGCUGGUGAAGGAGAACCAGCUGGUAGUUUUGUAUUCAGUGAUAUAGAGACAAUCAAGUCUUCCAAUGACAGUGAAAAACCUCUUAAUACUUCUCAGGAUAAACUAUUACAGAAUUGUAGAGAUCUACAAGAGGAUUCAGAAAAGUGCAGAGACUCAAUUGUUAAUGAGGCUGGAGAUGUUGAUGUGGAUGAUUUUGCCAGCACAGAAAUCCCAGAGAAUGAUGAAGGUCAACUUGAGCCAACAGCCACUUCUGAGAGGUCUGCUAAUAACUUCACCCAGUUAGUAAUGGAAUUGGGGGCCCUAGGUGACGCAGCAAACAAGCAUUUCAUGGAUGCCUCAAGCAAUCAUACUCCACGUUAUGAAGAGUCAGGGUCCACCACCUAUCAAGAUAUGGCUAACUUUUUGAAAGAUAUAGCAAACAGUGAUGGCUUUCAGAGUGCCUUCCUUGGAGAUCUUAUAAGCAACUUUGGUAGCCUAGAUCAAAAUGCCAUGAAGCUCAUCUACAGUCUUUUAAUCCGCCCUCUUGAGGCAGCUCACCAAGGGAUUAAGACAGAUCGUAUGGGGGCUUCCCCAGAUACCAAACCAAACAGCCCCAACUAUCUACCAUCUCCAUCAAUGACACCAGACUUUUUAAUGCUAAAUAAGGAUAAACUGCCACUACGGGAUGAACCAGCUAAUGGUUACCAUCCAUUCUUCUUGUCUCCACCACAGAAGAGCCCAACCAUAGGGCCAGCACGUGCUCAGUUACACCCCAGUCCAGCAGUACAGGCAGUAGCAUCUGGGUACGGUGAUCAGGCAUGGCUGCCCACCCGUUCCUUGCCCAGAAAACCAUCUGAUGGAUUGCGAGGGGAUGAAAAUGUGGAUGUGAUUACAGCCCCACCAUUUCAGAACUUUGAGGUAGUACUGGGUUCUAGCCUUAAUCAUGAUAAGUCAAAAUCUCAUCCACAGGCCCCACCAUCCUCCCAAGGUACAUCGCAACAUCCCCUGCCAUUUGACAAGCUGAGAUUGGGGUUGGAGAUGCCACCUCCAGAUGCCUUGGAGGCCCUUCCCCCUGGGUCUGUGCUCAUCCCACCAUCAUAUAUCCUUAAGCAGGCCAAACUGCCACAGGUUAUCACUAAGAAAGAUGGUACACCUGGGCUUGAAAUGCCAUUCUCAGAUUUCCUCCCAAACUUGCCAUUUUUUGGCAAUGACAAACCACAGAGACUGCAACCUCCAGCCAAGCCUCAGGCUCAUGACAUUCCACCUAGGCUGCCAUCAUUUCUCUCAUCCUUUUUGUCUGGUGCUCGACCUCAUUCCAGACCAGAGAAGGGCUCUCCAGUGAGGCAGAGGCCUUUGAACAGGCAUAUGUUCCUACCUCGACGUCCUCCAACUGCUCCUCCACCCCCUGUCACCAAGCUCACUCCUCCAGCCACCAGGAUUCCCACACGCGCCGUACCAGCAGCUAUUGUGACUUCUCUUUCACCAACCUUUACACCACCACCUCCACCAGUAUCUUAUGUACCUCAUAAGCCCAUAGACCAAGAAACACCAAAUGUUUUGCCAAACUCAGUGAACCCGAGUGGAUUGUCAGUGGCAGGACCGAUUCCAGUGCCUGUAUUUGUUUCUGUACCUCCCAAAAAAGAUUCAGUUGCUGCGGCUUCACCUGCACAGUCAAGUGGGCCAUCCAUACAUCACAAGGAAUCAUCACAGAAAGAUCACUUGGACGAAUUACACCGCCAGAUUGAAUCUGCUUCCACAGUUAGCAGUGUGGUGAAUGGUGAAGGUGUAUCUCAGAGUCCGAAGGAUUACACCCUAAUAUAUAAGGAAUAUGCAGAUGCAGCAUCUCAUGAUAACAGUAGUGACACAAACUACCAUAAUCAUGAAUACUAUGAUGAACUUCCUCCAGAUUACAUCUUAGAAUACUAUGACUAUCAAGACUACUAUGACCAACAGCUUGGAAGGGAUGGCUUCUUGAAAACUGGGCCAUCUAGUGAAGUAGGAUUGGGCAAUAGUGACUCAGACAGUUUGCACAAUCGAGACCCCUCAUAUGCCUUUUCUAGUUUAAAUGAAACCAAUGCAUCUGAUGACCACGCUGGCCUCUAUGGCCCAUCUGUUCCCUUCCAGCCUGAAAUUUCUCCAACUUUGAGUGAGCAGGAACAAAGUGACCUUCAAAUGUUGUUGCAGAAUCAUCAGAUGGCAGCAGCACUUGCAGAGGCCAACAGCACUAUUCUCAGUGUUAACAGCACACAAAUAGGGGUCCCGUCCCCCACAAAAGAGGCAGGCACAGAGUUUAUGGAUGACCAUGACUAUUAUGAUGUUCCCCUUACUAGUCAGAGGGGAAAUCCAUACCUUGCUCAUCCUCCUCAGUCAGAACCAUCUUUUCCAUCUGCCCCAUCCUCACCAGAACCACUUCCUCCAGCUGAGGUACAUUUUGGUACCAAUGAUCUUGCUGUAUCACAUCUUUGGAACAACAUCCAGUUAAUCCCACUAGCACCUGAGCUUUUUGAUACCCCAGAAACUGCACCUGAGGAUAACCUGAAUCUGACCUCACUUUUCUAUGAAGCUGUGCCUAUUUCUCCAACAGAACAUCCCAACAUGAAGAAUGACUUCACUGAGCUUCAGUGGAAUAAUUUUGAUACAAGCAUAGAUCAAGUCAGUGCAGAAAAUGAAUUAACACCAGAAGAGGAGAUAGAGAAUGCUAAGUUCAUGGCAUAUGUAUUAAUUGGUGCUUGUUGUGGUUUAGCCCUACUCUCUGUGGCAGGUAUCAUUGUCAUUGUCAGAUUUAAGAAGACUUGUGGAUCCCGUCAGAUACGUACACGUACCAGACUCACAGAACAGAAUUCAACAGAGGACUCCUCCCGGCUUGAUGGUGGCCCAGGAGACACUCUUACUUUAGGGGGUGAGUCGGGACACAAGUUAGGGUCGUGGUUUACUGGACGUCCUGAACAUCAUCUAGGUUCUGGAAAGCUACGCUCGAACAUGACUCUGCCAGAUGUUCAUGAUCUAAAAAGGGAGAAAAACAAGACCGGUAGCACACGUGUCCACGGCAAGGACGUGGGGGAGCUAGGACUGCUGGUGAGUCAAGAGCUGGAGGAACACAUUCAGAAAAUGAGGAACCCCGUGAAUCGUGGCUUCAUGGGGAGUAUCGGGCUUCUCAUAGUGAUCUGAGCCAGACUGCAACUCAAGACCUAGCUUACAUCCCCCGCCAAUACCACGGGAGAGAUCCUCACCCCACUUCCACUCAUCCUUUACACAUUCCACACCAACAAGAGUCCUUUAGAUACAGAACGGAAUCAUCCAUGGAAAGUGAAGAACUGCAACAGCGGUCUUCAAGAGAACGUCGCUAUACAACUGAAAAAGCAGGAAAGGAGGAUGCCCAGGAGAGAAUGCAUAGUGGAAGACGUCCAAGGUAUGUGGUAUCUUCAUUGGAGAGUGAAGAACUCAAUGACCACCUAGGGCAUAGUGAGCGCGAACCAUGCACAACUGACAGUGAGGCAGAGGAUCGCACAACACACUAUGAUGAAGAUGAGUCACGAGACCCUUCAUGUUACACAGGCCAUUCUCGGGAGCUUGAUGAUGCCGUGGCUUCUCGUGGAGCUGCCCCAGUGACUUCUAUGACCUCCCAGGAGCUUGGUGAUCAUCUGAGUCGUGACCUGAAGCAGUAUCAGUCCCGCAGGACUCGCCAACAUCAAGAGGAUAAACGAGAAGCAGAGGGUGAUGAGGGCAGACACGGAGAAGAAUUACAACGAUCCCAAAGCCAGGUAUCCUUCAGUCGUGACAACGUACAGAAUGAAGUCUUUUUAGAGUUCGACAAUAUAUUUCGGCAACAUGGGCAGUAUCUGAGUGGAGACCCUAUACCCCCAGCCUCUACACUGGGCCGUGUCUCCAGGCGUACCACCGACACACUCCUCUCUGUAUCUCGCACCAACACGCCUGACUCUAUUGAUAUGUCACAUCACCAUUCCUCCCACCACCGCGACCAUCGCACAAGUGAUCUGCCUUCUCCGCCUUCCCCGCCUACAACGCCACCAAGAUUCUCUCCACCGCCAGCGCCGCCCCGACCCCCCAAACCUGGUCACCUGAGUCAGCCAGGCACCCCCUCCCCAAAGGCAAAUCGCGCACGUCCUCCUUCCCCGGGGGAAGCUCCUCCUUCUCCACCGCGGCAUCAGCGUCCCUCUGGCAACAGGAAUAGUGAAGAAGAGCGUCUUAUCUGACAAAAAGCUGUGGGGCGAAGUUUCAGACCUUAGAAGCCCUGCCUUCUGUGCUCUCCCGCGCUGAUCAACCCUUGGCAAAAUGCUCGAAGAGAGCUUAAAGGCGAGAGAGGGUGCCUGUGUGUGCGGCGCAUCUUGAGGUGCGCCCUGUAAACGUUAACAACUCGUGUGCACACCGGUGGCAUCCCUCCCUCGCUCCCUUGAGAAGCAGCAGUCCCGCACUUCGCCUGUCGGAGAAGUCCUUCUUGGUGGAGAAAGGAUGAAGGAGUGCACCGUAAUGGCCAGGCUUUGGCACUGGGGGUCGUCAACGUCGUCAACAUGUAUACUCAAGAAAUAUUGCAGAAGCUUCUUAGAUUUCGUAUAAGAUGCGAAAUGGCCAAGAAGCUGCAAUAGGAUGCCUUAAUUGUACUUAUUCUGGCGUAAUAAGGGCUUGUGGUGGCGGUUGGUGGUGGAGGGAACACGCACUAGUGAUAGGGACGAAGAUUACCAUUAGCUCAUGCUAGUGUCUGGGUUGGCUUAGUUAACCGGCGGGAUGGAGGCGUACGCGGUCGCUUGGCUCAGUGGUUCUCCGUUGCAGUGGCUGGCGAAGCCACGACCAAGCCAAUUCCAUCACAGUAAUUGCAGUGACCGUGUAUCAUUGCCAUUCCAUUGGUUUCUAUUCUAUAUAUAAAAUAACUUAGUGGUCACGGUUAUCGUAGUUGUCAACACUGUCUUAAUAAAAAAAAAACAUUUAGUGGUGGUUUUAAAGUAAAGCCUUUGCACACCGUUAUGUGAUGUCAUUGUCGCUUAAUCACCUACCACCACCAACAGAAUCCACCCGCGAGCAAUUUUUCUUUGCUCCACUGAGAUGAGAAGCGGGAGACGAGAUCCAUUCUUGAGUUAGUUUUCUCUGUAUUCGUGAUUUUGUUAGUAUCAUUAUCGAAUACUCGUUUACUUGUGAGUUUAAGCGAACACAAACCAGUAGUCUGUAUUAAAGGUUACUACCAUGUCUUUUCGAAUCAUUAGUAUUUAUAUGUUAUUUAUUGACGCAACAACACUCAAAAUCUCGUUACCCUGUGAAACAUGUCUGUUGUAUUGUCAUUCUUAUUGUGAUGAUUUCCAUGUGGCAUUAUUAAUUUUUAGUUUUAUGUGUGUCUGCGCGAGUGGAUGUACGGAGGAAUAUGUGACUGGUGAGCAAUAUAUAAUAUGGUAAAAGU